AUGACCGGUCAUCGUACGGCACCGUGUGCUGCAGAGCCUCGGCUUUGCUCUUCACUUCCUUCAGGUGGCGCCUCAACUUGCGGCCGACCAGUAUCAAACCCAGCGAAUGCUUUAUGUUGCAGUUCAGAAACAGGAUCGGCGACAUAUCGGUCAGAGGAACGUAUAUGCCGGGUGGGCCGUAUGGGCGGUUGGGUAAACCGAUCUUCCAUGAGUGGCCGACCCGGUUUUCCAAUAGGGACCAUACUGGGCGGCGGCCUAUCUUCACCAUGUCCCCGCGGAGAGCGCGCUGACGUUCUUGGUGUGGGUGGCGCACUCGUUGCUCAUGACGAUGGUGGACAACUGCGAUGGCUUCUCGACCUUCUUCAGCGGGCUGAGGUCCAGCUCCGGAAGAGGCAGCACGGGCUCGCCCUUGAGGCGGUUCUGCUCGUUCUCCAGCCUGCGGCGCUCGACCAGCUGCUUGUGGUGCUGGGUCAGCUUGGCGAGCUCGCGCUGGUAGCGGAUCACCUUGUCCUGGUUGUCGCAGAGCGCCUCCAGCGACUGCGAGAGGAACUCGAGAUUGUGCGCGAGGUACUUGUUGUGGUCUGCGUCCAGAAUGUCGAAGACGGAGACGUUCUGCGCGGGGCUGUCGAACACGUACUGGCUGAGGAAGCACUCCGAGAGGAUGGAGUUCUUGACCACGAUCGGCACCUCGACCAGGAUCUGCGUGCCCUUGAGGUUGUUGAAGUUCUUCACGUCGCCCUGCGCGUUAUGGUACACCUCGAGCAGCUGGUCAGAGGCGCGGUAGGCCUUGAACGAGAUCUCGCCAGUGCUCGACAUCGGGUCGAAGCCCAGCAUGAUAGCCUGGUCAAUGGCCUCCUGGUAAAUAACCAGGUUGUCGAUGACCUCCUUGGACUGCACAUCCCCGAAGUGCAGCGUCUGGUACCAUCCGAUGGCGAAGCAGUCGACGUGGAUGUCGUGCAGCAGGUCCGUCAUCUUGUCCUGGUACUUCAUGAACUCCUCGUCCGCCUUUUCCUCCAGCUCCUUCUCGCUCAUGUUGGUGGUGCUCUUGUCACGGUUGAGUGCGUUGUAGAUGUCGCGCUUCUGCGGGAACGAGAAGCAGUUGGUGACCUCGAGCUUGUCGCCGAAGGCCAUGCCCAGCAGCUGGCCGUUGACCGGCACCGGGUAGUUGUCCUUGCAGUGCUUAAGCGCCUUGAUGAGCGCGAGGCUGUCUAUCUCGACUCAGAUGACUUCCUCGACUACGAUUACGACAUCUCGCCGCUUUCGACUGGAAUCUCGGUGCCAGUGUUCGACAUCAGCGACUCCAUGAGCAUGGCUGAGCCAAGCUACAGAGAGUACAAGAGAGAGUCCAAUCGCAUCUCGGAUGACGCGCUGAAUGCCAUGCGCGACGAGUACUACGCCAAGUCGUGUAUCACCGCCAGUGCUUACGACCAGGCGACUUUCUACAAGCUGCAGGCGGAGAUCCUGGUCAGUAAGCGUAAGUACAAGGAGGCGCUCUGCGCCGCGCUCGUGGCCGAGCGUGCGGAGGGCCGCUCCAGGGUCAUCGACGCGGUGAAGAUGAUCUGCAUGUACCAACUGAACGACGAAGAGCGGUUCAAGGAGCUCAAACAGGAGCUGACCGCCAGCGGUCUUGGCGGGCUAUCGGAAACGCUGAAAAAGCAGGCGCUCGGCACCAUCGAGGUCUCAAAUUGGGUGCCGGAGUUUCUCAACUGUUUGGAUCAGAUGAAACAAAAAACUGAUGUUUAA